AUGUUAAAGAAAGUGUUGGAAGAUUUGAUUGGAAAGACGAUUGAGCAAAAGUUUGAAGAGAUAGAACUUGCGGAAGUUAGAGCAAGACGUGAAGCUGAAAUGGAAGCUGGAAUGAAAGAUAAGGGUAAAGGUGUUCCAGUUGAAGAUGAUAUUCAAGUGAUUGAAAGAGAAAUUGUUCUGACUGAACCAAAAUCUUCGACAAAAGUUCCAGAAUCGUCUAUUCUAGAUCCUUGUCCAAUAAAUUCAGUAUUUGAUGUGAUUAACGACAAUGAUGAAGAUGAUGAAGAAGACGAAGAUGAUAAUCUGAAAGAUGAUGCAGAUGAAGUAUAUUCUAUUCAUAGUGAUGAUGAUGAUGAUGAUGAUGAUGGAAAUGAUGAUGCUGAUCAAGAUGAUGCAAACGAAGAACCAGAAAAUGCAGGAGGAAAGGGGGAGCAUGAUGAUGCUGAAAAUGUUGAUGAGAAUGUUGGUCAGGGUGCAGGUUUGAUUCUACGUCUUGAACACGAUGUAGAGGAAGGUGAGAUAUUGCAUACUUACACUAGAGCUGAGAUCAUUAAGAUGAUGCAUGUUGAAGAAGAUAAUUUUAACUUCGAUUUUGAAGAGGAGUUGAACGAAUUUAAUAUCAAUCAUCAACCUGAAUAUCAGUACAAGUAUGUUGAAGAAGCUGAUAAUUAUGAUAAAGGUGAAGUAGAAGACUGGAGUAACGAUGAUCAGUCUGAGAAUGUUAAUGUCGAUACUUCUAGUUUUCCUACUCUUGCUGAAUUUUUCAGUCAAGCAAAUGAGGAUGAAUUGAGAAGAAAAGUUGCUGAAAGUGUUAAGAGUAAGAGUUUUAGUGAAAUGUCUAAAGAAGAAUAA